UCGCAACUCGUAGUGGAGCCACUUCUGGCGAAGUCAGCCGCUUGCGCGAUGCAGGACGUGUGGAACGCGCAGUUCAUGUGCGCCAAAAGUUUCCACGACGAGGUGGACGAGAUACGAGAGCGCAGUGGCGGACGGUCGCAAGAAAUUUGCGAAUCCGUGAAGCGCUAUUACAGCUGCCUGGACGCUGUGGUACACGACGGACCCUGCAAGGAGGACGCCGACCUCGAGGAACAAGCCAAGUAUUUUCGCAAUGUGCUAACUUACAAGUACAGCGAUCUGUGCCCCGAGGAGCUCAGAAUGCCCGCAUCGAAACGCAGAGUAAAGGUUCUUCGCGCAAUUGGGGCCGCCAGUGGCCACUUGGAGGCGCAGUCGUGCCAGGAGGACAAGGCCACCAAGGAGUUCUUCGCCUGCGGCCUCCUCUUCAACGUCAUCGUGAGCCGCAACCCUCCCAAGGAGAAAACCUGCACGGCGUACAAGAAUAUGGAGAAGUGCACGAGGGACCUGCAGUGCGCCAGCGCCACGUCCACCUUCAACUUCCUGUCGAUGCGCGUGAUGGACCUGCUGCUGAGCCCGUUCGACAAGUACUGCCGGGGCUUCACGGGCUCCGACGUUUCGAACCGCACAGUGCCGCCUCCGCCGCCGCCCACUCCCCCGCCGACGUGCAACGAGGACCUGUACCUGCAGAAGUACUUUGAGUGCGGCCUUAUGUACAUGUUCAACUUGCCCGGCGCCAACGAGACCGACUACAAUAAGCGCACGAGCCUUGUGUGCGAUCUCAUACAUGGUCACAAGGCGUGCGUGGACACUGUCAAGUCGUCUACCUACUGCCCGAACGGAAUUCCCAUUCAGAAAAACCUCGACUUCUUCGACAACGAGCUUCGCACGGUUCCCAGGGAGAAAUGCUCCGCCCUCGCUGCGAAGCGCGCAGCGCGAAGGCGGUUCCGGAGUUCUGUGCCACGCUGUCACAUCCGCGAAUACGCUGGCACCUACUUUACGUGCGCAACAGUUUUCCUGGUGGCUACGUACCCUGACCAACCGGCGGAAGACGAGCUCUGUAGGUUGCUGGCGGAGUUUAAAAAAUGCGUCACCAGCCUGGUGCCUUGCCGAACGGGCAGCGACAUCACGGGGCAGCUGUACUACUUCACGUCGGUGCUCACGGAGGGAUACACCGACAAAUGCAGGCACAAAAACAUCAGCGGCUUUUGCGACGAGUUCGUCCUGAUGAAGGACUACUUCUCCUGUAGCCUGACUUAUUACCAGUCGUACGACGAGUUCGGUCGGUCGUACCUUCUGACCAAGCAACACAGCUGCAGGCUCUUGGAAGAUUACGGAAGGUGCACCUACGAAAAAGUGCUGAAGAACUCUUGCGAAUCUCUCAAGGCGCUCUACAGCAACAUCAGGGAAGUGCGCAACUACAUGGCCAAGAUGUUCAACCAGAGGCACCAGGUGUCGUGCUCGAUACCGCCAGACAUGCAGAGGCAGCGUGGACCCGUCUCCGCGCUCCAGAGCUCGUGCGACGAGUUCGGGGCCGUGAGGAGGCUGCUGCUGUGCGGUGUCGCCUUCCAUCGGUUGCUUCCGGGCCCCAUCCCUGUUCAGAACGCUUCGUCGGCCUUGGUCGAAGUGGACAACGCGUCGACUGCGUUGUGCGCGUUGGUGAAGGAGAUGAAGUUCUGCAUGUACUCGGCUGUAAAGGAUUCUGGCUGCUCGGAGUCGCUGUUCUUCAACACGGAAGUGUCCUUGCUCAGGAGGCGACUGCUCGCGGAAUUCGAAGGCGUCUGCGACGAUACGCUUUCCUCCGGUAGCAACAGCAGUGGUUCUGCGAGGAAUCGUCAAGGCUGCGAGCUCAAGGAGUUCACGCAGGAAUGGGAGACGUGCGAGGAGGACAGAGCUCACCAAGUGAACCACACGUAUCGGAAUGGUACAGCUCCGCAGGAGAGGGCUACCACUAGCGACCGACAGCGAAAUAGGUUUUGCAGCGACAUCUCCGGCUACCUGCAGUGCCUGCGCGAUUCGGCGAGCAGACACCACUGUCCGGCGCUCGCGCCAGGCAUUCCGUAUUCGGGCAACGAAGAGUGGUUCCGGCGGCUCGGGUUCUUGGCAUGUUCCUCGUCACCUUCCUUGCCAUUGUUGGGCAAAAGCUGGGUUGUCAAACUCCUGGCGCUCGCCGGUGCAGUGCACGUCGCUGCCCGCCAUCCCGCAGCCUGGCCGUAGCGUAUAGAUCGUUCAGUAGCAAUAAAGAGACGCACGGUAUCUACGAUAAGCGAAAAUGAGUGAAGUUGAAGGACUCGGUAUUUGUUUCCUUUGUUAUAUGCGGAGAAAUAGCUUGUUACAUAUUUUUAAGCCGCCAGAAUUUACAGAAAUUUUCGAAUUACUGGUUACUCAGUAGCUUUCGUUCUUGCAGUAUCGCCAUUUUGUGAGUAUCCGAUCGAGUUUGCUAGAAGUUUGCUAUGAUUUUUUUAAGGAGAUAUACUUGACCACGGAAGUUGCUUAUACGAAACUCGACAUUUCUGGAAGCACAUGUCAAGCGUACCUUUGUUG